UGAUCUCUAUUUCAAUAGAUUAGAAAAUUUAAAAAUGACAACACGAUUGGAUGGAAAAGUAGCACUGAUUACAGGUUCCAGUGCUGGUAUCGGUGCUGCAACUGCUGUCUUGUUCACCCAACUUGGAGCAAAAAUAAUUCUAACUGGAAGAAAUGUUGAAAACCUUAAGAAAGUGUCAAAACAAUGCCAGGAUGUUGACAAAAAUUGCGAAGUGAGAAAACCAACCAGCCAACUUUUGCAUGGACUUCUUUACUUUUUAAUAUCAUCAAUAGAGUAUCAUUCCAUUGUUAUCUGUGCAGAUCUAUUAAAAGAGAAGGAUACAGAAAUGCUGGUUGAAAAUACAAUAAAGCAUUAUGGGAAAUUAGAUAUUCUGGUAAACAAUGCAGGAAUCUUGGUGGCAUCAGGCUUAAUUGAAAAUUCAUCUUUAAAAGAUUAUGACAAGCAAAUGGAUACAAAUGUUAGAUCUGUUUUUCAUUUGACAACUUUGGCAAUUCCACAUCUGGUGGUUACACAAGGAAAUAUCGUUUUCGUUUCAAGUGUUGCUGGUAUGAGAGCAGUAGGUUUUCCAAAUUCUUUAUUAAUUCAAGAAAAAAAAUGUUUCUUUACCAGUCAUUCGCAAAAUAGCGAUUUGCUAUCUGCUAUCCCUGAACUAAUCAACCAGAAUGACACAACCAAACCAUUUUCAUGUAUCACAGUGAAGUGUGAGCCAACAUGUGUCAUUAUUAAUUUGAACCUUACUUUAAAAACAGUAGAUCUUGCAUCAAAGCAAGUUCGUGUUAACAGUGUCAACCCAGGGCUUAUAAAGACUGACGUUCUUAAAACAGCAGGAUUAUCUGAGGAAGAUAAUGAGAAGAUUUUUGAACAUUGCAAGACAACACAUGCAUUGGGACGUCAUGGUGAACCAGAAGAAGUUGCUAAUGUAAUAGCUUUUCUUGCAUCUGAUGGAGCAUCAUUUAUUACUGGUGCAACUAUACCUGUUGAUGACCAUAAAACCAAAGCAUAUUUUGGUUCCUAUAAGCAACAAAAAACCUUAAAAUAUAUAUAUUUAAGAUUUUUAUUAAUCAUAUGUGUUGCUGAUCUUCACGUCUUGUCACUCAACACAGAAACGUCAUUAAAAAUAGUUUUUCAGAAAACAUCGUGUGCUUUUGUUGCUGAGGUACCAUGGUUGCUGCCGCAGCUGUUGUAUUCAUUCAUUAGCAGUAACUGGCAUAAAACCUGUACUUUGUCUGUCUGCAAGAUAAACGUCGUGUUACGGAAUCAUGAAAUGGGAAUGACAACACGUUUGGAUGGAAAAGUAGCUCUCAUCACAGGUGCCAGUUCAGGCAUUGGUGCUGCAACUGCUGUGCUAUUUACAAAACUUGGUGCUAAGCUAGCCUUAACUGGCAGAAAUAAUGAUAAACUGCUGGAGACAGAAGCCUUAUGUAAAGAAAUUGAUAGUGAAUGUAAACCAUUGCUCAUCUGUGCUGACCUAUUAAAAGAGAAGAAUACAGAAAUGGUGAUGGAUAUAACCAUACAACAUUACAGAAGAUUAGAUAUUUUGGUCAAUAAUGCUGGUACGCUUGUGGCUGGAGGGAUCGAGGACACAUCUUUGAAGGAUUAUGAUGAACAAAUGGCUAUAAAUGUUAGAUCUGUUUUUCACUUAACCACUCUUGCUGUUCCGCAUCUAACCAAGGUGCAAGGAAACAUUGUAUUUGUAUCAAGUGUGACCGGUUUACGCGCAUUUCCAGGAGUGAAUGUUUACUGCAUGUCUAAAGCUGCUAUUGAUCAGUUUACAAGAUGUACUGCGUUAGAUCUUGCACCAAAGCAAGUUCGUGUAAAUGCUGUAAAUCCUGGGGUGAUAAAGACGGAAAUCCAUAAAAGAGGCGGAAUGUCGGAAGAGAAAUAUGUAGAGUUUUUAGAACAUUGCAAGACAACACAUGCAUUGGGACGUUAUGGUGAACCAGAAGAAGUUGCUAAUGUAAUAGCUUUUCUUGCAUCUGAUGGAGCAUCAUUUAUUACUGGUGCAACUAUACCUGUUGAUGGUGGAAGACACGCUAUGUGUCCUAGAUAAUUUAUGUAUUAGAUUUACAAACUUUUAUAUUAUCUUGAAGUUACCUAUUUUUGUUUCGUUGAAUUUAUGCUCACUUAAAUGUAAACAUUUUUUAUAGUUUAAAGAUACAAUACAUAAUUUGCAAAACAAAUUA